GUCAUCUAUCAAAAUCUCAUUGGAUUGAAUUUCAGUUACCAGCUGAGUGAGAUUUGCGGUGUGGACUUUCUCUAUUAUAAACACAGAUUUAUCGUGAAAAGUAAAAAUGACUCCCGAAGAAACAAUUGAAAGGUUCAAGCUUUUGGGCUUAAACGAACAAAAAGCAAAGGAAACGUUGAAAAACACCAAUGUUACAAAGUAUUUACUCGCCGCACUCAAUGAGGUGGACGUGGCAAAGUUACCAACGGGAGCUGGUAUGUUGAUAUACCAUCUGGCAACAAAGAUCAAGCCCCAGAUAGCUGCCAAGUUGCCGUUCGUAUGCGGUUUCAUAGCCGAUGGGAAGCUAGACUCCACUAUAAGGGUGGAAGCAGCCAUAGAGUAUCUAAUCACCCAUGUCAAUGAAGCAAAAGUAGACCGUGAAGCAUUUGAAAAAGCUUGUGGAGUAGGUGUCGUGGUUACACCCGAGCAAGUUGAACAAGCUGUGGAGAAGCAUAUGGCCAAGCAUAAAGCAGAAUUGUUAGAGAAAAGGUACAGAUUCAAUGCUGGUAUUGUAAUGCAAGCAGUACGAACAGACUUACCCUGGGCUGAUGGGAAAGCUAUCAAAAAUGAAGUUGAUGUCCAGAUUUUAGAUCUGUUGGGUCCAAAGACUGAAGCUGAUUUAGCACCUGUACCAAAGGCUGAAAAGAAACCUAAAGGUGAUGCAGGGAAAAAGGCCAAGAAGCCUGCUGAAGCUGCUGCAGCAGGAGGCGCUAGUAAACCAGCCACAGAAAAUGGUGAUGCAUUUGAUGUUGGCGGUGCUUCAUCUAUAUCGGAGUUAAUGAAAAAGUUACCUUUCCAUGCUCCCGGAGAAAACUUUAAAUCUGAUGGCUAUGUUGUUACCAAUGAUACAAAACGCUUGCUUGAAGAGCAUUUGAAAAUAACCAGUGGAAAAGUCAGGACUCGAUUCCCUCCAGAGCCCAAUGGUAUCUUGCACAUUGGGCAUGCAAAAGCUAUUAACAUUAACUUUGGGUAUGCUGCUGCUCAUGAUGGGAUCUGCUUCCUGAGGUAUGAUGAUACCAACCCUGAGAAGGAGGAAGAGAAGUUCUUUGUUGGUAUUAAAGACAUGGUGGAGUGGUUAGGUUACACACCAUACAAAAUUACUCACUCGUCCGACUACUUCAACCAGCUGUAUGAGUGGGCAGUGCAACUGAUCAAGAAAGACCUUGCUUAUGUGUGUCACCAGAAGUCUGAAGAAAUCAAGGGCUUCAAUCCUCCACCCUCACCAUGGAGGAAUAGGCCAGUGGAGGAAAGCUUGCAACUGUUUGAGGACAUGAAAAAUGGCAAAAUCGACGAAGGGGACGCAACAUUACGUAUGAAGAUUACUCUUGAGGAGGGCAAACAGGACCCUGUAGCUUACAGAAUAAGGUUUAAGCCUCACCAUCGCACUGGCAACAAGUGGUGCAUCUACCCUACUUACGAUUACACUCACUGUCUGUGUGACAGUAUUGAGCACAUCACCCAUUCAUUGUGUACCAAGGAGUUCCAGUCUAGAAGGUCCUCAUAUUAUUGGUUGUGCAAUGCGCUCGGAAUCUACUGCCCCGUGCAGUGGGAAUACGGCCGUCUCAAUGUCAACUACACUGUAGUGUCCAAGAGGAAAAUUGCUAAACUCAUUGAAGAGAAAAUUGUUAAUGAUUGGGAUGACCCGAGACUGUACACGCUGACAGCGCUGCGUCGCCGCGGCGUCCCCUCCGAGGCCAUCAACACGUUCUGCGCGGGACUCGGCGUCACCGGCGCCGUGGGUGCCGUGGACCCCGCCAUGUUAGACGCCAGUAUCAGAGACGUACUUAACAAUACAGCUCCCAGAACGAUGGUAACACUAGAACCGCUUAAGAUCACAAUAACAAAUUACCCACACGAAGGCAGCUUAGAGAUCCCUGUACCAGACUUCCCAAGUGAACCCACUAGAGGGCAGCACAACGUAAAGCUUAAUAGAGUUCUUUACAUCGAGGCCUCCGACUUUAAGGAGGUUCCCGAGGCUGGAUACCGGCGGUUGACUCCCAAUCAGACAGUGGGGCUUAGGCAUGCUGGCUAUGUUCUUACGGUUUUGAAAGUGAACAAGGACAACCGUGGCAGAAUCACCGACUUGGAAUGUUCCGUGGAGAGCAGUGAAACAGCACCGAAACCCAGGGCUUUCAUUCAUUGGGUCUCUGAGCCCGUCACUAUUGAAGUCAGGCUGUACGAGUCGUUAUUCCUACACAAGAACCCGGAGGAUCCAAGCGAGGUGCCUGGUGGUUUCCUCUCUGAUUGUCGCAAAGACAGCCUGAGGGUCGUGAAGGCCUAUGCUGACUCUUCACUCACCAGUGCCAAAGUAUAUGACAAGUUCCAAUUCGAAAGAAUUGGAUUCUUCUCAGUAGAUCCUGAUUCAACGAGUAAUCACUUGGUGUUCAACAGAACGGUUUCUCUCAAAGAAGAUACCGGAAAAUAGAAAACAUAAUUAUUUAUUUCAUUGUAAAAACAAUUUUAUCUAAUAAAAAUUGGUUUACAUAUUUAUAAAA